GGAGAGAGAGAGAGAGAGAGAGAGAGAGAGUUUUGAUGUUAUUUGUGACGGAAUCCCCUCUUCAGUCUCCAAGAAUCCGGAGCGCGGUGCAAAUAAGAGGAGGAGGAGGAGGAGGAAGAAGAAGAAGACAGGAGAAAAGGAGAAGAGACGGCGGAGGAGGAGGAGGUGGUGGAGGAGGAGGAGGCGCGCGGACCUGUCCACGAGCUCUCUCUCACUGCGGAACGCGCGCGGGGCUGCCGCUGGAGAUUCCAAAAAAAAACCCCACGCUUGUUUUGGAUCCGAGGUGGUCUGACUGACACAGUUAUUUUUUGGGGUGUUUUUUUUCUCCCCCAUUUUUUUUUUUAUUUUGGUUUAUUUAUUUAUUGUUCUUUAUGUGGAACGGACCGCGUUUGACAUCGAGAGGAAUACCUUUUUACCCGAGGAGGGGGAGAGGGGGAGGAGGAGGAGGAGGAGGAGGAAGGAGGUGGAGGGCGCAGGUCUUCAGAACCAGACAGGUGGAUUUAUCUGAUUUGGGUGUUUUUUAUUUAUUAAUAUUAUUAUUUUUGGGGGGGAAGGGAGAGAGAAGCUAAUGGAUUAACCGGCCGGUGAGGAGUCGUUUUGUGACCCCCACCCCCCCCACCCCACUCCUGCCGAGGGCACCGGAAUGGAGUAACAGGCUGCAAUGUCAUCUCCACCUGGCCGCCUGGAGAGAUGUGUCACGGGAAUGGGAACAAGUUCGAACACUUUUGCUCUGCUUUCACUGACGCUGUGAGAAGGAACCGAAAUGCCAGUGCCCCUAAGCGCACGGGUCGUGGCGGGCCCCCGCGUGGGCCCUCGACCCACAGAAGUGAGGAUAAAGCCCAGCAWCCAUCGCACGGACUCCGAAGACGAAGGCGCAAAAGCUCCCCAACUCCAGAGCCGCAGCAGCCGCGCCGCGUUGUGACACCAAAGGGUAUGAUGGGUGUAGUGGGCUGGAUGUUGCUCCUACUCUCUUCAAUCAUGGUGCCUGCGGCAUCCCAGAAGCCUUCAGGGCUCAGUGUGGGGGUGAUACUGGGCCAGACGCGUCCAGUAUCCGACCAGGAGCUCCGUCAUCCUCGGCGCCCCGAGGACACUGUUGACGUCAGCGUCAUCACACUGAAGAUGAACCAGACUGACCCCAAGUCUGUGAUCACGCAGGUGUGUGAGCUUCUGUCUCGCUCUCAUCUCCACGGCCUUGUCUUUGCUGAUGGCACCGAUCAGGAGGCCAUAGCCCAGAUCCUUGACUUCCUGUCUGUUCAGACACAGCUUCCAGUUCUCGGGGUCCAUGGAGGAUCGUCUAUGAUUAUGGCUGACAAGGACGAGAACUCCACGUUCUUCCAGUUUGGUGCGGCGCUGCAGCAGGAGGCGCUUCUCAUGCUUGCAAUCAUGGAGGAGUACGACUGGCAUGUCUUCUCCAUUGUAACUUCCAAGUUCCCAGGUUAUCAGGACUUCAUCAGCACGCUGAGGGUAACUGUGGAUCACAGCUUUGUACGCUGGGACCUGCAGAGUGUCGUGACGCUAGAAGCUGUAGACGGCGACCCCAACUCGAAAUCACACAUAGCCCUCAAGAGGAUACAGAGCCCUGUUAUUCUGCUGUACUGCUCCAAGGAUGAGGCAGUAUAUAUCCUGGAGGAAGCUCGGUCGUUAGGACUGAUAGGAGCUGGUUACAUCUGGAUUGUGUCAAGUCUCACCACUGGAAACACAGACUUUACCCCUGAGGUGUAUCCCCUGGGUAUGAUUUCCGUGUCCUACGACGACUGGGAGUACCCGCUGGAGAUGCGGGUGCGGGACGGGGUGGGCAUCCUUUCCACUGCAGCCUCCUCCCUGCUACGAGAGAAGGACGGGCUGCCGGAGGCCCAGAGCAGCUGCUUCAGCUCGCCGUCGGACUGGGGCCCCGGGAAGGUCCCACCUAGUGCCCUGCGCAGACACAUGAUGCAUGUGUGGAAYGAAGGACGAGAUCUGUCCUUUACUCCAGAUGGUUACCAGGCCAACCCCAGAUUGGUUGUCGUCGUCUUGAACAGUGAAAGAAAGUGGGAGAAGAUGGGCCGCUGGGAGAACGGGACACUGUCACUGAUGUUCCCCGUGUGGCCGAGGUAUAACGCCCACGGGGAUGAGGACGCCGAUGAAAACCACCUCUCCAUCGUCACUCUGGAGGAGAAGCCUUUUGUCAUUGUCGACAACGUGGACAUCCUAACUGGCACCUGCAUGAGGAACUCUGUGCCCUGUCGUAAACAUAUCAAACUUAACAGCACAUCAAUGGGAGGCGCUUAUAUCAAACAGUGCUGCAAGGGGUUUUGUAUCGACAUUCUGAAGAAAAUUGCCAGGAACGUCAAGUUUACUUACGAUCUCUACCUGGUCACCAACGGAAAACAUGGGAAGAAGAUCAACAACGUGUGGAACGGCAUGGUUGGAGAGGUGGUGUAUAAGAAGGCCAUCAUGGCYGUCGGGUCGUUGACCAUAAACGAAGAGAGGUCAGAGGUCAUUGACUUCUCUGUGCCCUUCGUCGAGACUGGGAUCAGCGUCAUGGUGUCACGGAGCAAUGGAACCGUCUCGCCUUCUGCCUUUCUUGACCCACAUGGCCCAUCAUUCACCAUCGGUAAAGCCAUAUGGCUGCUGUGGGGUUUGGUAUUCAACAACUCUGUGCCCGUGCAGAACCCAAGAGGCACCACCAGUAAAUUCAUUGUGUCCGUUUGGGCCUUCUUUGCUGUCAUCUUCCUGGCCUCCUACACUGCCAACCUGGCUGCCUUCAUGAUCCAAGAAGAGUUUGUGGACCAAGUCACUGGACUGUCUGACAAAAAGUUCCAGAGCCCGUACUCGUACUCCCCUCCAUUUCGCUUUGGGACGGUUCCCAACGGCAGCACCGAGCGCAACAUCAGGAAGAACUAUCCGGACAUGCAUCAGUACAUGACGAAAUACCACCAGAACGGCGUCACGGACGCACUGGUCAGCCUCAAGACGGGAAAACUUGAUGCCUUCAUUUAUGAUGCUGCAGUCUUGAACUACAUGGCGGGCAGAGACGACGGCUGCAAGCUGGUGACGAUCGGCAGUGGUUACAUUUUUGCCACCACAGGUUAUGGAAUUGCUCUGCAGAAAGGAUCCUACUGGAAGCGUUUGGUCGACCUGGCCAUACUCAGCAUCAUAGGAGACGGUGAGAUGGAGGAGCUGGAGGCACAGUGGCUAACUGGGAUCUGCCACAAUGAAAAGAAUGAGGUCAUGUCCAGCCAGCUGGACGUGGACAACAUGGCGGGGGUCUUCUACAUGCUGGCUACAGCCAUGGGCCUCUCUAUCCUCACCUUCAUCUCAGAGCACCUUUUCUACUGGAGGCUGAGAUACUGCUUCACCGGGGUCUGCUCUGGAAGACCUGGAAUGCUCUUCACGAUCAGCAGGGUGAGAUGAUAGAAACACAUCUAAUGACACAUUUUCUCUGCAGGAGGCCAUUUUCAGGGAUUCAAACUUGUGCUUGACAGCCUUGUGUUGGUCCAGAUUUGGUAUGCGGGGUGCAGCUUUCUCCACCUUUGUUGCCAGUUUGAAUUCGCAGCACUCAAAGCUGUUUCCCUAUCAAACACAAUCGCUUAAAGUGCAGCAACUUGACUUCACAGCAUUGAUUCAGGCUGUGAGGCACCGAAACCCGGUGCAAACACCAAUAUCAGAGCAGGGAAAGGAAGUGUUGGGCAAAAAAUAUUGACAGAACAGCUGAACAACAGAAUGUGUAAAAUCAAAUGAGGAGUGGCUUUACAAACUCUUUCAAAUCUGAUGGAAGAGUAAAACAAAACUAAGUGCUUUAUUGCAAUACAGUUUUUUCUUCUUCUUUUUAAACAUUUGUUUUAACUUUA